GUUGCUAUUAAAACAAUUAAAAAGUCUAAGAUCGAGAGUGAAAAAGAUCUGAUUCGAAUCCGUCGAGAGAUCCAAAUUAUGUCUUCUAUUCAACAUCCACAUAUCAUCCAUAUUUACGAAGUGUUCGAGAACAAGGAAAAGAUUGUACUUGUUAUGCAGUAUGCCAGUGGAGGAGAACUGUAUGAUCUUCUUAGUGAGAGGAAAGUAUUUAUUGAAACAGAUGCUCGAAGACUAUUCCGUCAAAUCACUGCAGCUGUGUAUUAUUGCCACAAGAAUAAAAUCUGUCACAGAGACCUGAAGUUAGAAAACAUCUUGUUGGACGAGAAAGGAAACGCGAAAAUUGGAGACUUUGGCUUAUCGAAUGUUUUCAACGAUCGACGUUUAUUGAGUACUUUCUGUGGUAGUCCUCUUUAUGCUUCGCCAGAAAUCGUUAAAGGAGUUCCCUACCAUGGUCCAGAGGUGGACUGCUGGAGCCUGGGUGUCCUACUGUACACCUUGGUGUACGGAGCUAUGCCCUUUGAUGGUGGCAAUUUUAAACGUCUUGUGCGUCAGAUUUGUGAAGGAGAUUAUCACGAACCCAAAAUAAAAUCCGAGGCAUCUGGGUUAAUUCGACGUCUGUUGACAGUGAGUCCUGCUAAACGAGCCACCAUUGUAGACAUCUGUAUGGACUGGUGGGUUAAUCUUGGCUACAAUAAUUCUCUGCUUCAGGUUUCAGAAGAUUUGUCUAAUCUGACGCCUGUUCGCCUUGAACUUCUGCUUGCUCUAAUGCCUUCUUCUUCAAUGACGUUAAAUCCUUUUCAGAAGGAAGAUUUUUCUGUUGUUCCUGUUCGGACAGCAAAAUAUGUUGUAUCAGACAAUCAUACCUCUUCUAGCCUUACUGCUGUUUCUGAAAAUGGCAUCCCAGAGGAGUUAUUUGAAGGAGAAGAUGGUGACACUACCACUGAUAGCUUUGAUUUUGUUGAAGGAGAAGCCGCCGAGUAUCUUAUUACAAGUGCUGCUAAGUAUCAGAAAUUACACGACUCUAAUAAUGCAGAAGAAAAUAGCCUAUCCUUUGGAACAUUAAAUACAAAUAUUGGGGGAUCGAAAUGUGUAACACAAGAACCGGUCGAGAAAAAUAUGGAUAAAUCAUUGAGUGUGAGUUACGAAUCCCAAAACAUUCGAAAAUCAAACUUGUUACUGCACACUUUCAAUCAAGAUAAUAAGUCAUAUUCUACAUAUACAGACUUGGAAGAUGAAUCCAUCAAAACGUCGCCAAACAUGGUGACAACUGACAAUCAAGGGGACCAAAAAUCUGGAUAUACCUUUGAAAUUGAAGAAGCGCUUCAUGAUAGAAAACCAGUAAUUACCGAUCAUAGCAAAGAGGGUGAGAUGAAAAUAGAAGAGAAGGAAUAUGACAAUAGAGAACCGCAACUGACUAUACCAAAUACUUCUCAGAGUGCCCUUGAGAUACGCCUCCUAUCACAAGACAUGUUCGAAGAUUCAGGUAAAAAUAGUUAUACUUCGCCAGAGAAUUCAGAAGGUAAUGAGAAAAAAGAUCUGAAAACACCAAUGAAUAAUGAGGACAACGAAUGUGAUUCAUUAUAUAAGGAACAUGUGACGAAAACACCCGUUAUGCCUCAACAACAAAAAGAUAUUUACGAACACACAAGAGAAAAUGAAACCAAUCAUAAACUUUCAGAUGAAAAACAAAGUACUGAAAAACUUGGAGGUUAUUUACUAGGUAACGAAAACGAGUAUAAAAACGAACCACAGUCUAAAACUUCAUCUAACCAAAAAGAGGAUGUUUCAGUAACGAGUGAUGGUGAAGUAACAGUAAUGAAUAAACAGAGUAACAAUCCUUUAAUAGAAGAAGUCCUAUCUCAGGACUGUGGUGCACCAACUAGCUCUAAUACUCCCACCAUUAUUGCAGAACAACAAAGUGAUUCUAAUUCUGUGACAGUUCUUCAGAAAGAUCGUAUAGUAAUACAACCACAAAAAGACGGUUCACUAAAUGCCUGUCAAUCUCCAGAAGAGAGCGCCUCCUGUAAGACUGUACUAGAAAUUGGAAUCUCUUCUUCUUCUUCGAGUGUACCAACAGAUAGUGUACAUAUCAUCACCACUCCUGCUAAACCUGAUGAAAGCGUUUCUUUGAGUGAAGAGAGAAAAGAUAGUUCAACUGAGCGGACAGAAAUCUCAUCUAAUAAACCAAUAAGUGAGAAUAGUGUACCCAUUAAAAAUACUUUUAAAAUGAAUAGUUCUACAAGUAAAACUGUUCCAAAGCGAGAUAUCUCUCCUUCAAAAACAAAUCUACAGACAAACAAUUUACCCAUUAAAAGUACUUUAAAAACAGGAAAGUCAGCCAAUAAUCAUAAGGAAAAAGCAUCUUCUGAGCAGAUAACAGCACAUUCUGUUCUAUCCCAGGCAAUAUCACAGGAAAGGAAUUCAUUUGGGCAGAUUAUGCCAAAUGAAGCCAAAUCAUUAGAUCAAGAUACAGAACAAGACCAUAGGUUGUCUGACCAGAAUUUUAAAAAUAAGGACACUGAAUUUGAUCCUAGUUGUAAACAAAAUAAGUCACUUAUUCAGACUGAUGAUCUUCUAAAUAACAAGUCACACGAUAAAACAACAAAAGAAUAUAACGUAUCAUUGUAUCAAGAUAAAGUACAUGAAAACAUAUCAUUUGAUCGAAGUACUUCACAUGAAGGCAAAAUGUCAGACAUGGAAAUAGCUGAAGCAGACAGUUCGCUCAUUCAAACCUCAACUAACACGAAUGAUUCCACUGAGAAAGCUAAGCCUUCUAACAAAAAUGUCCAAAAUAAAAAGAAAUGUCCAAGUAAGUUACCAGUUGUUCAAAAAGCUGAAACAUCUUUUCAAAAAACUACAACUAAAAGCAAAACAUGUGUUGAAAUAGGACAACCAAAUCUUACUCAAACAAACAAACCCGGUGUUCGAAAACCUGGAAAAAUUGCAAUUCCCACUUUCUUUGAAUCUCCAAAACCUUGUUCAUCACCACAGGGAACAGAAGUCAGAAAAAUAUUUUCGCUUAAAUCCGUUUCUGAUGCAAGGAAAGCCUUUGAAAAUAAAGUGAAUUCACCAGCUAAAGAAACUGAUACACACAAAAUAUCAGAAAAAACAAAAGAUUCAAAAACUGCUCCCUCUAGUGAAAAUUUCACUAAAUCUUCAAACACGCCUGUAACGACAUCACCCACGUCUCCAUCAAGUACGCCACGGAUAACUGGUUCAAUUGAUGAUUCCUCAAAAAGAAAAAGUCCGUCUCCAAUCAAAUCCCCACCAGUAAUCGAAUCCUCCAUGUCUUCAAAUUUGAUACAAUCAUCGCCCAUAAAGCCAGGGAAGGGCCAGUCACCUCCAACCUCAAAGGCAAUAAAAGGAUCCCCUACCUCUCAAGAAACACCAUCUUCAUGUAAAGUUUCAAAACCAUCAUCUUCUGUACCCACUAGCAUUUCUCGGAGAGGAAGUUCCUCUCGAAGAUCUCGCUCUCCUGAAAAGAAGAAUUCUAGUCAAGCCCAGUCCAGUUCACCAGAAGGCAAAAAUUGUAAGCAACAUACAAAUAAAAAUACUCUGUCCUUAAAUCACAGUCUGACUACUUGUAAAGAUGAACAAACCAAAAUAGUUCUCAAAAAUAAAAUUUUGAAGGAGGAGUCGGUAAAGCAAGAAAUAAUAUCUGAGAUAUUAGCUGAAGAAAAGCAACAUGGUGAUACACUGAACAUAAACACUGCUUUAACGACGCAAGAUACAUCUUCAGAAAAAGAAAAAACAAAAGGAAACAAAACCACGCACGAAAGACAAGAACGUGAGCAAUUCUUGUCGACUAAAAGUCCUGCCGUUACUGGCAUUGAAGUGAUCAAACAAAAAGAAAUGUCAAGAAAAACUGAGAAUCCAGCAAUAUCAGAUAAAAACACACAGGAAAGACAAUCUUUGUCAACUGAAAGUUUUAUCACUGAUGACGUACAAAUGAUUAAACAAAAAGAACCACCCAGAAAGGCUGAGAACCUACCAAAAACAGGUAAAAACACGCAGGAACCAUUGUCGACUGAAAGUUUUAUCACUAAUGAUGUACAAAUGAUUAAACAAAAAGAACCACCCAGAAAGGCUGAGAACCUACCAAAAACAGGUAAAAACAUGCAGGAACCAUUGUCGAUUGAAAGUUCUAUCACUGAUGAUGUACAAAUGAUUAAACAAAAUGAACCACCCAGAAAGGCUGAGAACCUACCAAAAACAGGUAAAAACACGCAGGAACCAUUGUCGAUUGAAAGUUUUAUCACUGAUGAUGUACAAAUGAUUAAACAAAAUGAACCACCCAGAAAGGCUGAGAACCUACCAAAAACAGGUAAAAACACGCAGGAACCAUUGUCGAUUGAAAGUUUUAUCACUGAUGAUGUACAAAUGAUUAAACAAGACAAACCAUCCAGAAAGGCUGAGAACCUACCAAAAACAGGUAAAAACACGCAGGAACCAUUGUCGACUGAAAGUUUUAUCACUGAUGAUGAACCAUUGUCAGCUGAAAAUUUUUCCACUGAUGACAUACAAAUGAUUAAACAAAAACAACCAUCCAGAAAGGCUGAGAAACUAACAAAAGCAGAUCAAAACACACAGGAAAGACAAGAACAUGGUGAACCAUUGUCAGCUGAAAGUUCUACCACUAUUAAACAAAUAGAACCACCCAUAAAGGCUGCAGAUCUAAUAAAAGGAGGUAGAAACACGCAGGAAAAACAAGAACAUGAGCAACCCUUGUCGACUGAAAGUUCUUCCACUGAUGGCGUACAAAUAAUUAAACAAAAAGAAAUAUCCAGAAUGGCUGAGAACCUAACAAAAGCAGAUCAAAACACACAGGAAGGACAAGAACAUGAGCAAUCCUUGUCGCCUGAAAAUUCUGACACUGAUGAUAUUCAACUUAUUAAACAAAAAGAACCAUCGGGAAAAUUUGAAGCUGUCACAAAAACAAGUCAAAACACACAUGAAAGACAAGAACAUGUACAAUCCUCGUCGACUGAAAGCUCUGUCAUUGAUGAUAUACAAACAAUUAAAGAAAAAGAUCCAUCGAGAAAAAUUGAGGGUGUCAGAAAAAUAAAUAAAAACAUACAGGAAAGUCAAGAAUGUGACCAACCCUUGUCGACUGAAAGCCCUAUCAUUGAUGAUAUACAAGUAAUUGAACAAAAAGAACCACACAGAAAGGUGAAAUCUGAAACAAGAGAUCAACCAAUAAACAUUUUGUCUGAUCUUAGCAUAAAUCUUUCAGUGCAGACUCCAACUGAAUUCAACACCAAUGAACAGCCUACUGCAGAUAAUCCUUUGAUAAAAGACCCUUUCAAAGAAGACUUAACAGAUAUAAAAGAAACUUUUACUUCCAAAAAUGUGGAUUCUGUGUCUGACAGCAACUUAUCGGUUCCAUAUGAAUACACGAAUACUGUAUCUACCCCUAGAGCUUCUAAAAUUUCACAGGAAGAAACAGCAUUAUCUUCCAAAAACAAGACAAAAGUUUCGUUAAAGCCAAUUUCUUAUUCAACUCCAGUAACACCUCAAAUGUUACACAAGGUUUAUGACACUGACUUAAAUUGCGUGGGAAGUAAACAAGAAGUGUUAAGAAAUAUUUGUACUGCAUCUAAUGAGCAAAUAAAUAAUUUAAACACCAAAGAAUUCUCGAUAGGUAGGAGACAGACUAGCUCUAGCAGUGAGUCAGAUAUGAAUAUAGAGACGGAAAACAACAGGGCUGAUCUUAGGAGACUGUCACCAGAAGGUGCUUCUGAAAAACAGUAUUAUGGAAACAGCAAUGUUCGGAUAAACAGCGGAAGUGACAAAAAUGAAUCUAACGUGCCCCCGCAGAUAACGCGUAGCUACCGAAAGUUUACCUUUAAUAGCGACGGGUCCUGCGUUACAGAGACAGGCAAAAUAUAUGCAACCCCAGCUGGAGGGGGAACGUGGACUAAAGUAGAAAGAAAAACCAAAAUCACAAAUAAACCAGAUCAAAACGAUGAUGAUUUUGAAAAAGUACAGCACAUUCAAUACAAAGAUGUUACAAGCGAUGUGCACAGAUCGGACAGCCGUAGUUCCUCGGGUUCUAACGACAUUUUGGAUGGACCUUUCUUCAGAAAUGCAUAUGAAACAUCUUGGAACAGAAAGGAAGAUAAUUUUGCACAUAUAAAUAAAAAUCGCAAACAGAGGGCAAAGGAAUGGCUUCAGGGAGAAACUUUAGGUGGUCAGUCCACGGAUAAAGAAUCAUCUGACAAUGAGGACUAUUUUGAUAUUCAUUUUGAGGAUACCGACACUGUUACAUGUGAAUCACAAGGUCUUUGGCGGUUUCUACAAACAGUGAACCAGGAUUUGAUAGCUAGAUUGCAGUCCUUUAGAAACCGUACUCUGGCUUCUUCCUCUCGGCCCAUUAGACAACACUCUUUAAGGAUGCCUUCAAAUCAACAAAACAAAGGUAAACUCUUAUCAGUAACACGUUCUGUUAGUCAGGAAAGACCCGAAAAAGUUACUUCUAGGAAUAAAGAUCAGCCAGACGAUCUUUGUCAUAUGGGUAAUAAUACUGGAUUAGAAUCUUAUUUGACAUGUCCUCGUUUACAGACCCACUAUCAUGUAGAUUCGACAAGAACAGAAAGACUUCAUAGAGAUCAUCCAGCUAAACACGGUAUGCAUAGAAAAGAUGGUGGUGGUAAAAGCUCGAUCAACAACAAUUCCAAGUCUUAUUCAAUGCAUUCUAGUGAUAUAAAUAAAAUUCCAGAAGAUGAUAAUGGUAAAAGAGAAUCCACUUAUGGAUUUGUUAGACCCAAAGCAUCUCAGAUAGCACGAAAUAAUUCAGUUAUGGAUACUUUGCAGUGUGAAGGAGCAACCAGCAUAAUUAAUGAUAGUAAUGUUCAGACUUCAGUACAGACACACAAUUCUCAGGUAGCUUAUCCACGAGAAUUAUCGGAAAAUAGACGCCAGAAUGUGGAAGAAUGGCUUCUUAAAUCUGAGUUAGGACAAGAAGGUGCCAAUAUUUCCGACUCAAGUAGACGAGAUAAAUGUAAAAUAUCUUUCAGCAAAGACAGAUGCCAGUCUGACCCUGCCUUUUUACAAACUGGUCAACACAAAACAGAAUAUAAUUACCAUGGAAAUCAAAUGGGAAUGGAUUCGACACGCAAACCUUCCAUGUUAGAUGCAACAGAAGAUCAGCUGCCUUUGAAGACACCUGCAGACAAAGGGAUAUUGGCUAACGACCAAUCUAGUUCAUUUAGUCAUAGUUAUAAAAAUUACGAGCAAUUCUUAAACUCUAAAUCGUCAAUUUUGGAAAGCACUUCAGAGCCUCAUCAUGGGCCUUCUCCUAGUUCCGAAAAAAAUACCACCCAGGAAAAGAUGCAACAUAUUCCAUGUCCACAGUCACUCUUUGUCAACGUUAACAAAGAUGAUGACUUAUCAUACAAUGAAGGGUGCCAUAAGAAAAGAAUGUUCCCAGUUAGCAGUCAAGGAAGGCCAGUGUUCCGCAUUAACCUUCCAUUUAGUAAAAGUAAUUUAAAUAUGCAGAGUGUUACGUCAGAAUUCCAUAGGCAGCCAGAGCCACUUAACAAACGAUGGAGUGAAGAAUCAGUGGCUACUUCUACUCCUCCAAAAAGUUCUUUGCUCGAUGCACUGAUGAAUCGUGGAUAUCGCCAUGUCAUGUCACAAAGACUGUGUUCUAUGGGGCCCACAAGUUCUUUAGCAAUUAAUGAAGAGAAUCUUGUCGAUUCCAAUAAAACCACAAAAGAAACACUCGGUGCUGAACUAGAUAAAGAAAGCCAGUUUCAAAGCAAUGAACCAAUGCAAGACCACUGUCCUGGAAAAGAAAAUAAUGACAGUGAAAAGGAGAUUAAAUAUGAAGAAAAGUGUGGCGAAGGAGAGAUGAAACAAAACAGUUUCAGCAGCAUUCAAAAAGAUAAGAAUGAAUCAUCUGAUACUAACAAUAUUCCUCACACUGAUAACGAUAAAGACCAGAGAAUGAGUGAAAAUUACGUUGAUGAAUGUAGGAGAAAACCUAAAUCUAGUAUACCAGUAAAAACGAAGGUAAAAGGGAAGGCAGAUAUGUCAGAAGACUCAUCUACACUAGAGAAUGUGGAUAAAGCUCUUACAAAUGAGGACUACCAAGUGCAACAAAAAGGAAAAGAGGGCAACCAGUUUCCAAGAGAAGAAGAGUCUGUAAGCGAACGAAUACUACGAAAGAGCUUUUACUCCAGGUUUAAUGAUGAUCGUCAAAGCAGGAGGCGUCGAUCUAGCUACCGAGAUAAUGAAAUUCUACAAGACUUGAAAAAUGCGGGUCUCUCAGGAAGUAUGUGCAGUCUGUCCUACACUGACGAGACUUCUGAUACAGAUAGUAUUUGGGUUCCAUCUUCUAGAAGAGGAUCCUUAAGAAAUAUCCCGAUGGAAGAUAACUUUAGUCGAGAACAUAGCAGAGAAAGAGCAAGAAGAUUGUCUACUAGACUGGAAGAUUACGCUGAUUUGCCAGAUACGCAAAACCCAUCCAGAAGGACCCAGAAGAAAGAUUAUUUAUCUCAGCAUCAAUGGGCGAUGACGUUGCAGUUAUCUGAUAAUAUUGAUAGUGACGUAUUUAACGACGAAAAAAAGGACUCGAUAUCAUAUUCAGCGUCAAGAAAAUCUGAAAAUGUGAGAAAGAACAAGUCAGAUCGUGGUCGCUUUUCCCUUUAUGAACCAAGCGUAUCGUGUGCCCCGGGAAGUGGAAACGUUAGUUUUUUUGAGAGGCAGAGGGCGUUAUUGGGGAACAGGCCAUCCUCGUCUCGCGGCUCUUACCUCCACAGUACUAUGAGCUCUAGUUAUCAAAACCUUUUGCAUGAUGCAAAUUAUCUUGACUACGAUGAAAUUCCCAGAAGAAGACCUUCGUUAGCAAAUUCUACGUUUUCAUUGGUAGAAGAAAUGGAGGAUUUUGAAGACUAACUAAACAACUAAAGCGAUACCGUUGCUAAGUGAACUUGAAAAGCCUCAGCAAUUGAACAUGGGUGUCACUAACUGUAAGGACCAAGAAAUAAGAGGGCUGGACCGCUUUUUCUUGUUAUCUGUGAUGGUUAAUGUGCCCCGAGGCCUUGUGAUGAUCUUCAUAAAAAUCUCAUAUUGACCACUUCGUGACGCCGUUUUUCAUGUGUGUGCGUGUGUUCCGGAGUCAAAGAGUUGCUCCUGCACCGCAACUGAACUCUGUGUAUAGUUUAGAAGAAUGAAUGGGGCGCCGUAUUUGUUUUACCCAAUAUUUUCAAACCCAGAAAACAAGAAACUGUCUGUUUAAACUUAUACGUUUUUUUUUUGUUGUUGUUGUUAAAUUAAGCUUCUUGAAAAUUAUCCAAGAAAAUUUGAGUAGGUGAAUUUUUUUGCAUGAAAAAUCGUUGGAUAGUGGAAUUUUCUGAUAUAUACAAGUUUCCAAGCCAGAUGUAUUUUAUGAGGUUUUGUUGUUUAUUAACGAAUUAUUUGAUUGUCCUUUUUAGAUAUAUAUUUAAAAACUUUUGAAUGUGAUGAAAACCUGU